CUCAUCUUGAAGGGGGAAUUGAGAACCUUGCUUCAUUUGUGUGAGUCCCGGGAUGAUGUGGAACUUAUUAAAAAGGUCAUUUACAGCACUUACGAGGCUUCUUCUCAGACUCCACGUCAUUCAAUAUUUUGAUGGAUAUGUUAUUUAUCAAAGGCAAAUAUAAACGUGCGUUGGAAGUAUUGAUCGAGAUGAAAAACCAGGAUGUGAAGUUCAGCAAAGAUACCUAUGUCCUUGCUUUUGCAAUUUGCUACAAACUGAAUAGUCCUGAAUCUUUCAAAAUCUGUACUGCAUUAAGAGAAGAAGCCCUAAUCAAAGGAGAAGUUCUCUCCACGAGAGCAUCCUGUUUUGCUGUGGCGUUAGCUCUGAAUCAGAACCAGGUGGAAAAAGCUAUAUCCAUUUUUUCUCAAAUCAUGAAGCCAGAAAGCAUAAUCUGCACUAAUUUAAAUAUUAUGAUCCAUAUCCAGUCAAAUAUGUUGAAAACCCUGAUAGAGAUACUAAAGGCUGCUACAGAUGGAAAUUUAUCAAGAUUUGUGAAAAAACAUGAGUUCUCAGAAGAAGUGCUGGCCAAAGUGAGGGAAAAAGUGAAGGAUGUGCCCACCCUUCUGGCCAGAUUUGAUGAGCUCUAUGAGAAACUUCACAUAAAUGGCCAGGUCACGACCUACACUUUGGAUUCUCUGCUCUGCCAUACGCCCAAGGAUCGGAAAUCCCACGUGGUGCUAUUAAACAAGAGGACAGUCAGCCGUCGGACCUUCCAGCCGCUCAGCCAGUCCCUGUGGGCUGAGUAACCUUGGGUUUAGACCGCCAUGGGCCCGCGUUGGAGGACGCCUGCUUCUAGUGAGUUCUUGGCGUCCUAAAGAAUCAGGCAUGGACUCCAGUGGACACUGUACUAAUUAACACUUGGUCUGCCUCUUAAUUUCCGAGCUCACUGAGUGCUGCAUGCUGACCUGAGAAGUUAAUAUGCUCUGUCUGCCACUUUGAAGAUCUAGAGAUGAGUGAGCAGAAGGCUCAGCUCUCUCAGAAAGGAAGCUUCCCCUGUGUAAACUGAGGAGGAUCCUGGAAGCAACAUGUCUCCGAUCCAGCUUCCAGCACCAGAGUAGAACCCAGUAAGCGAUAGUGGGAAGGAAUUUCACUCUCAGUGGUCAGCUCCGACUAACUUUCAGGGGAGUAGGUACUUGCAGAUCAUACCCUUGCUGAAUUCAGAAGGUCUGAACCCCUAUUCUACCACACUGGGAAGUAGCCCAGGAUUUUCUCACUGCUUCUGUCAUCAUUUAUCUGUAACCCUAAACAAGAUAUCUGAGUCCUCAUUUUUCCGUCUGUAAAAUAAUAGUGCCUAUAUGAAUCUGUAUAUUGAUUUGAAAUUUUUAUUCAAGGUUCAGUAGGGUCAAAUUUUCUCAAAAAAUAAGAGAAAUCAAAAGGUUCCCAAAAUUUCUUGGGAUUACGUUUUGUUUUCUCAGCAGCACAAACAAAACUAGAAUUUAGCUCUCGGAACUGAUAAGUAAGCAAAAAGUUAAAUGACUGCUGCUUUGGUCAUGGGUAAGCCAUGUGCUUUUCAAAAUAAGUACGAAAGAAAACCACAUAAUGCUCUCUGUAUUGCUAGGUUUCUAUGUGUCAUAAAUAUUUGGUUCAUCUCAUUUGUGAAUGGUUUUCUCUGUUCUCUCGUUGGAUAGUUCAUUUUUUUUGGUGAAAAUAAAUGUGACAGCAGGUCAGAGUUUUCUCAUACUGAUUGGGUUACUUGAUGGUUUGACGCCCAGCACCUGGUGAGUGGUGCCUUUUGUCCCUGAAGGCCCACGUGAUGUUCAGGCCUCGGCAUCUCCGUGCUGCAGACUCCUCUGUGCUGCUUUGAAAACCAAGGCGAAAUUUAAAAAAAGAGAGUGAGGAAAUAAAACAAAAACAAACCAAGGCAAACGUUAUUGUGAUUCUGAGGCAAAACUUGUUCGUGGAAUCAGAAAUUUGAGACAAGGAGAGAUCUUCGGAGUCUCCUGUUUAACUCCCUCAUUUUUCAGAUUGAUUAAAUGACGUCCGAAUUGGGAUCGUUAGUUUGAAGUGGAGCUGAAAUUAAAAUCCAGAUUCGUAGUUUCAUACCCUUCCUAUUACACCACUUUAUGUCUCUUCAGAGAGGAAAAGGGAGAAUCUCUUUCACGGUACAAUACGAAGAGCUCCCACGGCUUCACUGUGUGCCGUGGGCUCACCUGAGUUUCCUCAUUUGUUCACUUCAGUUUCCUCAUUUGUUAAAUGGGGGAUAAUAAUAGUACCCACCUCAUAGGUGUGGCGUGAGGAUAGAAUGAGACAGACAGAGCAAGCAAGACAGCCCUGGCGCAAAGUGCUCUAUGAACGUUAACUGUUGCUGUUACUGUGGUAACGUUCAGAAUGUUUGCCCCUAGUUGAAGAAUUAUAUAAACAAAUGAGUUCUUCCUCCUGCUCAGAAGUAUCAAAAGAAUUUCUUUGCUUAUGCUCUGUGAAGCAUUAGUAGCCCCUUUUAAAGGAAAUUCUCUGCCUUCAUAGACUCUUAAUUGCAUCUUGUGUUUUGCAAAAACAAAACAAACAUUUGGAUUUCUCUACCUUCAAAGUCUUAGGGAAUAAUAGGGCGUGCUUCCUGUCCCCCAACUUAUCUUUUAUCUUCUCCAACAUCAACAAAGAGCAUUCAAAUGACUGUUAUGCCCUGGGUGGAUGUGGCCCUGGUUGUUAGCGAACAACCAUUCAUUAGAAAAAAGAAAGAAAGAAAAAAAAAGUGUUUUGUGAGCAAUAAAUAGCAACAGUGACCUUGAGCCCUGCUGCUCUGAGCAGCAGAUCACUAGUGUCCUGCUGACUGCAAGAGGUGGGCUGUUUGACCUGUCACCAGAAGUCACAGGAGGGGCAGCUUAGUACAGAAGUCACUGGUGUGCAUAAUGGUCACCCCCAAAAAAUAGACGAUUCCGAAGG